CGCGUCGCUACUGUUCGAGAAUAAAAGAAAUCUAUACAAUGAGAUAAAUUACUUUCCAUGAAGCUGUCUGCAGUGUCUCCAAAAGGCGACCUUUUGAUUCUUUUGCGCUUGUAUUUGUAAUGUGGGGCCAGAGGGUGGCGCAGCCAUGGCUACACUUAAGUUCUCAGCCACUUUGAGCAAGAGUGAUCCACAGACUAAUGCAGUACUAAUUGUGGGCCAAACUAAACAUCUGACACAAAUCAGCUGGGAGAUUAUUAAAGGAAAAUUGGAACCCCGUGUGGAUUGUGAGACAUAUUUGGUUGGAGUGUCUCAUCUUCACCCUUCACCAACUGACUCCUGCUCACUAUGGCUAAACAAUGCCACAGUUGCUGCCCUUCCCACCAAGAUCAGUCGACACAACACACCUUCCCGGGGUCAUGCACUGACCAAGGUCAUCAAGAGUUGUAUGGCUGGAGGGGAUGAGUACAUAGUGGUGGUGUGUGAGCGUGCAGAUGUGUUGGCCUCUGCCUGUGCAGUGGCCAGAGCUCUUCCCUUAUACUGCGGCAAGUCCAACACCACAGGCUUCAAGCGCGUGGUGACUGUUGAGUUUGUGCUGGCAAGCUCUAGAGGAGAAGAGGUCCUGACUGAUGCUGAUGUUGAGGCAAUAUCUGUGGUGGCUCAUGGUGUACGCCUUGCGGCUAAAAUUACUGACAUGCCAUGUUCCCUCAUGCAUACUGACGCCUUUUUAGAGGAAAUAAGAGCAGUUGGAGAUGAGCUUGGAAUUACUCCUCUUGUGAUUCGAGGAGAAGAGUUGGAGAAAAAUGGUUUUGGAGGCAUCUAUGGUGUUGGCAAAGCAGCCGUGCACCAACCUGCCCUUGUUGUACUAAGUCACAAACCUCAGGGAGCCAUCCGUAACAUCGCCUGGGUCGGCAAGGGAAUCGUCUAUGAUACUGGUGGCCUUUGCAUCAAGUCCAAGACUGGCAUGUGUGGAAUGAAACGAGAUUGUGGUGGGGCAGCUGCUGUUUUGGGCGCGUUUUUUGCUGCUGUCAAGCUUGGGCUGACGGAAAACUUGCACGCCAUAUUUUGUCUGGCAGAGAAUGCAGUGGGGCCAACUGCUCAAAGGCCUGAUGAUAUUGUCACCAUGUAUUCAGGAAGGACGGUGGAGGUCAACAACACUGAUGCUGAAGGCCGGCUGGUACUAGGAGAUGGGGUAUCAUAUGCUCUGAAGGACCUGAAAUGUGACACCAUCGUGGACAUGGCCACUCUGACAGGAGCACAAGGCAUUGCUACAGGCAAAUACCACGCAGCCAUCUUGACCAACUCAGAAGACAUGGAGGAUGCAUGCGUGCAGGCUGGACUGAACAGCGGUGACAUGGUGCAUCCAGUGCCCUUCACACCUGAACUGCACUUUAGCGAGUUUUCAUCAGUUCUGGCCGAUAUGAAGAACUCUGUUGCGGAUCGCAGCAAUGCGCAGGUUUCCUGUGCCGGCUUAUUCAUCUUCUCACACAUUGGUUUUGACUUCCCUGGCACAUGGCUGCAUAUUGACAUGGCUACACCUGUACAUAUGGGGGAACGAUCCACGGGGUAUGGAGUGGCAUUGCUAGUUACCUUGUUUGGCUCCAUGUCAGUGAAUGACUUGGUGCGCACCACUGCCCCAGUUUCUGCAUGUGACGGCAUGGACACAGUAGACAACAAAGCAGCCAAGAAAAUCCGACUUAAUUAACCAAAUGCUUCACCAUAACCACAACACUUGUUCGCCAGUAAUCAGAGUAUUGGGAAAGAAUGGUCUCAGGGGAUGCUGAGUGUGCAGAGUCAAAAUGUGGAGAACUCAGUGUUCUUACAUAUGUAAUAAUAAUAAACAGGUGACACUGUAGCCAGUGAAGUGGAUGGAUGAAGAUAACAAUGCCAUUUGUGAUGUGAUUGUUUUUUUGGGUUUUUUUUAAAUGUGUAGCAAGAUGAGAAAUUGUAGCAGACAUCGUUAGUUAUGCCACUGGAAUUAUGAGAAUGUAGACAACCACACUGACCUGCACUCUAGUAAGAUUUCUUAAAUUUUAAUUUGUUUAUGCCUUGUCCAUGAGCUUUUAAAAAUAAAUAUGUGUGUGCUUGUUUGUGUGUGUGGAUAUUAUAUAGUCAGGCUGUUGCAAGGUAUGUUGAGACCCCUUUCAGCUAUGGGAAGUAUGUGUUUAUUUUUUGUGGUCUUGAUGUAAUUCUCCUGACUGAUGUGGACUGGUACCAGUUCCAUUAUAUAUGUGCUUCACAUUGUUCCGAUCUGGUAUUGCAGAUGAGCCAGUCCAGUUACAAGGCAAAUUUUGCAAUUACUGUAUCAUUUGUACCCAGCAUGUGUAUAUUCAAGAUGGUUUGCUGCUUUAUGCCUCAGAUUGUUGUACUUUUCUGUUAGAAGCAGCAGCACGUGCCCUGCCUUGUGGCAUCAUGUGUUUAUCUGUCUUCCAAAAAAAAUCCCAUCCAAAACAGGUAUUGCAUAUUGUGAGAAAACAAACCUUGCUCUCACACAGACACACUUAUGUUUUGUGAAUUAUGGAACCUGCAUUGGGAAACAGGUCUGACUUUAGAUUACUGACAUCUGUGUGCAAGGUCCCCAUUUUGUUCACAGACCUGAUUUACCAAAAGCCACAUUAAUGUUUCUUGUCUUCGUUGUAGUUGGUAACUGAGAAUGUACCAGAGAUGUCCAUUACCAUUGGUAAAUGAUAACAUGGUAAUGUCAUUACUGGUAAAUGAAAAUGCGACCUUUGCUGGUGUUUUUAUUAGCAGGUGAUUUUAACCCUUUGGGCAUGAUGGGCCACGAUCAGGGCUUUGCCAGGGAAGCAUGAGGGAGGCCAUUUUCAUUACUUUUAUUGCAAAGAUCAAACUUUCUCCUUUCCCAAAAUGUAUAGGUUUCUUGGUCUAAUGUUUACCUGAGAGCAGCAAUAAUAAUAAUAAAAAAGAAUUCACCCACUGUCAUCUUCACAGUCAUCAGUUAUUAGCCGAUCUUUGUAAUACUUAUACUUUUAUGUCAUGCUCAGAGGGUUAAGUCUCAUCAGCAUUACAGAUGGUAACUGAUGAAAAUAUGGUAAUCUUGUCUCAGUGUUACAGUUGGUGAUGUGUCAAUCUUAAAAGUGGAACAGUAGGUAAUUAAAAACACGGCAGUCUUACUAGCACCACAGUUUCUAAUAGAAUGUGUCAGUCAGUUCAGUUGUUAGCUUUCUCUACUGACCUUUUUUCGUUGUGGCAGUUGACGGUGUUGGUUUUUUUUUUUUUUGCUUUGUUUUGUUUUGUUUUUUUCAAACUGAAGAAAACUGUAGAGAGCCAGUAAGUGAGAAAUUUAUCAUGGCCAAGCAGGAACAGCUGGGUUAGGUGAAUCUGGUUCUCAAACUUUUUUGAAAUGUGUGGAAACUGGAAAACAAAGUACUUAGUCCUGAUGUGUGAUAUUGCUACUUUUGUCCUCAGGGUUACAGAGUCAGCAGUGCUUGCAUGUCUUGUAGAGUUCUGUUCUUUUGUAAUUAUUUGAAGUGACCUGUGCCAUGGAUGUGUACAUGGAAGAAAGUAUUUUUCCACCCUCUCUGCAAAUUGUUGUAGUUGCCUAUGGCUUGUAUGACCUACAUGUGAAUGCAUGUCUUUUUCUGCCUGUCCUGGUAGGUAUUUUUGGAGCUGAGUCUGGCAUGGUCUUGUAUGCAAGCACAUGAUUUUUAUACAUAAUCAGCUUUGUAUACUAUUCUUUUUAUAGCAAUUCUCUCAUGUGUGCAUCUACUUUAAAGUGCAUUGUACAGCACAUGGUGAUUUGUCAAAAAUAUCAGACUGAAAGCAUUUUUGGGAAUAACAUCGGUCAAACAUGGCAGUCGUCAGUGAUGUCGUAUAGAAAAGAGAUCAAAUUAAAGUUUGAAUGCUU